AUGGCACCCGUGGGCGUCGUCCCCCUCUUCGGAGGCGUCAUUGAGCUCCUCCUCGAGUUCGCCCCCGGCGGCUCGCUCGCCGACGAGGUGGCGAGGACCGGAGGGCUCGACGACCGCGCGAUCAGAGCGUACGCAGCGGACAUCGCAGCCGGGCUGGCCUACCUCCACGAGGAGUCCGUCGUGCACGGGCACGUCAAGGCGAGGAACGUCGUGAUCGGCGCCGACGGCCGUGCCAAGCUGGCUGACUUCGGGUGCGCCAGAAGCUCCGCUGACAGCGAGAAGAUCAUUGGCGGCACGCCUGCAUUCAUGGCGCCGGAGGUGGCGCGCGGGGAGGAGCAGGGCCCGGCGGCCGACGUGUGGGCUCUUGGAUGCAUGGUCGUCGAGAUGGCCACCGGCCGCGCGCCCUGGAGCGGAAUGGAUUCUCUUCUCGCGGCGAUGCAUCGGAUCGCGUACACCGACGCGGUACCAGACGUGCCCCAGUGGCUGUCCGCGGAGGCGAAGGAUUUCUUGGCCGGGUGCCUGACCAGGAAAGCCAGUGAUCGGUGCACGGCGGCGCAGCUGCUGCAGCACCCGUUCUUGGCAUCCGCUGCUGUGCUCGACAGGAAGAUUGAAGAUGUCAAGAACAAGUGGGUGUCGCCCAAGAGCAGAAAGAACGCGGAUUCCUACGGGACCUUC